AUGGCGAGCAUCAGGCGUUUCUUCUACUCCCAACUGUUUGUUACGCCACCCAAGCCCACCGGCGACCUAACUGGCAAGACUGUCGUCGUCACUGGUUCUAAUGUCGGUCUUGGAAAGGAAGCCGCACGUCACUUCACCCAGCUCAACGCCUCCACGGUCAUUCUCGCCGUGCGCUCCAUCGAGAAAGGCGAGGCAGCGCGCAAGGACAUCGAAUCAACCACAGGCCGCAGCAAUGUAGUCAAAGUCAUGCAACUCGACAUGUCAUCCUACCAGUCCGUCCUCGAUUUUGCCCAGAAAGCAAGCAAAGAGCUCGAACGAGUGGACAUCGCAGUCCUCAACGCCGGCGUUACCCGCGCCGCAUGGGAAGUCUUCGAACAAGACGAGUCUACCAUCACCGUGAACGUCGUUUCUACCUUCCUGCUGGCUUUUGCGUUGUUGCCUAAGCUUAAAGAAACGGCAAGCAAGUUCAACAUGAGACCCACGCUUACCAUUGUGAGCUCUGAGGUGCACGAAUGGGCGACUUUCGACGAGAGGAAAGCACCCGAGGGCAAGCUCUUCGAGAGACUGAACGAGAAGGUCGUUAAUGGGAAGGAUGUUAGCCUAAACAACCGGUAUCAAGUUAGCAAGCUACUCGAGGUACUCUUUGUCCGCGCAUUCUGCGAGCGAUACCCCGAAUCGCAAAUCCCAGUCACCGUCAACCUUGUUAACCCUGGCUUCUGCCACUCCGAAUUCGGUCGCGAAAAUGGAAUCGCCCUUGCGAUUGCACGCUUACUGCUUGCGCGGAAAACGGAAGUCGGAUCGAGGACUCUCACGCACGCUGGUAUAUCGGGUGUUGAGACGCAUGGGAAUUAUCUCAGUGAUUGUGAGAUUACUGAACCGAGCCCGUACGUGCGGAGUGAGGAGGGGAAGAGGGAUCAAGAGAGGGUUUGGAAAGAGCUGACGGCGAAGUUGGAGGGUAUUAAGGCUGGGAUUACAGAGAGCUUUUAG